AUGGAGCUCGGCAUUGUGGUCCGACUAGGGUAUUUUCGAUCCUGGACAAUAACUGCCGUCACUGUGGAUAGGGGCCCCUCCGGCUCUAUUGCAGUAAAUUCGUUAGAAGCAUGUGGGAUUGACCGGCACGCCAAAUCUCUCAAAUCAAGCCCGGACAAGGCUCAGCGCAAAAGUUCGCACUCCCUGGAGGAUUCGGGAUACAUUCAAUCCGGAGUCAUCCAACUAGACUAUUUGCCGAAGCUCAUACCAUGGACCGGAGAGUCUGGUCCACAGGAUUGCGAGUGA